ACCUCUGGACUUUCGAUGUGGAUUGGGAGGCAAAUGUUGUCCCUGAGUAGCCUUCCAUCCUGGGCAGUCAGUCUCCUGGCCUGCCUCCUGGUGUCCGUAGUAACGGAGUUUGUUAGCAAUCCUGCAACCAUAACAAUCUUCCUCCCAAUUCUAUGUGGUAUGUCCGAAAGCCUCCAAAUCAACCCACUGUACACCCUGAUCCCUGUCACUAUGUGCAUCUCUUUUGCGGUAAUGCUACCAGUGGGCAACCCUCCAAAUGCCAUUGUCUUCACUUAUGGGCACUGUCAAAUCAAAGAUAUGAUCAAAGCUGGCUUUGGUGUUAAUAUCAUUGGACUAGUGAUUGUUACAUUGGCCAUAAAUACUUGGGGAAUUAGACUCUUCCAACUGGACAUAUUUCCUGAUUGGGCCCAAGCCAGUAAUAACAUUACUGUCCCAUCAUAGACAACAUUGGAAACAAUUGCCAAAUCCCAGAAAGUGGACAAACAUGAUUGUACGUAUAUAUUAAACAAGGAGACUUGACUAUAUAUUAUACCAGAAACCGGAAUAAAAUAAGAUGUAACUUAAUUGAAGUUAUCCCAAAUAUUACAUCUACCAUCUGUUACUGAAAAUAACUGUUAACUGAAUAUUGAAACAUGUCUUUUUUUCCCCCCAUUUCCAUUUGAUGGGAUGUAUGUAACUCAUGGUACUUUAGUGUAAAUUUAAAGUUGAAGGGUUAACUUUGUAAAUGUUUGUGCACAAAGCUGUAUAUAGAAGCUACUUUAUAAGGAUUCUUAUAAAGCAGUGAUGGUGAACCUUUUAGGCACAGAGUGUCCAAACUGGAAGGCGCAUACACGCGCCAAAGCACCAGAAUCCCGACGACCAGCUGGUUGGCGCGCAUGUGCACCUCAGAAUCCCAGUGACCA